AUGCCUUCGUCGUCAACAAGUCGCCGACGCAAAGGAAAACAACAAAAAUCAUCUGCAAUAACAAAUUCUAAAUUAACAUCAUCAUCUAAAAAUCUUGUAGAAAAAGAACAUCUAUUAGCAAUUAAAAAGUCGCAACAAGAAAUGUUACGUCAUGAAGCAGAGAAAAUUGUUUUAUGGAGACAUCCAAUACGUACAAUAAAUUAUUGCAUACUUGAAUUAAUUUAUCUUUUUCAUCAUAAUUUUAAACGUCUCGUAUCAUAUCGGAAAACUUUAUUUAUAUCAAUUAUUCUAUCUCUAUUUCUUAUAUUUAUGUAUAAUACUGAAGGUUCACAUCAACCAAGUAUUGAAAGAAUUGAAAAUUUAUUUUUUUGGUCAUUAUAUUGGUUUGGUCUCGGCGUAGCAUCAUCUGUUGGACUUGGUACAGGUUUACAUACAUUUCUUCUUUAUCUUGGCCCAUUCAUUGCUCAAGUUACAUUAGCAGCAUAUGAGUGUGGUUCAAUUAAAUUUCCUCGUCCACCAUAUCCAAAUGAAAUUGUUUGCCCAGCAACAACAAGUACAACAACAGCAAAUAUAAUAACAAAUGAUAAUGAAACAAUUUUAAAUGAUUUAUUAGAAACAGGACCAAUAUCAUUUUGGAAAAUUUUAUGGAAAGUUAAAUUAGAAGCAUUUUUUUGGGGUUUAGGUACAGCAUUUGGUGAAUUACCACCAUAUUUUAUGGCACGUGCAGCUCGUUUAGGUACAAGUGAUAGUAAUGAUGAUGAAGAAUUAAUUGAAUUUGAAGCAUUAGUACUUAAUGCUGAAUUGCAUAAUUCAAGAAAUUUAACAUUAUUUGAACGUUCUCGUUAUUUAAUUUAUCGUCUUAUAAAACGUAUAGGCUUUCUAGGUAUACUUUUAUGUGCAAGCAUUCCAAAUCCAUUAUUUGAUUUAGCUGGUAUAACAUGUGGUUAUUUUCUUAUAUCAUUUUGGACAUUCUUUUUAGCAACUAUCAUUGGAAAAGCAUUGAUUAAAAUGAGCAUUCAAACAGUAUUUAUUAUAUUUUUAUUCAGUGAACAUCAUGUUGAACGCAUUAUACGUUGGAUGAAACAUAUACCAUAUUAUGGAAAAUUAUUACAAACACCAUUUAAAGAUUGGCUGCUUGAACAAAAAGGUAAAAUGCAUAGAAAACCAGGAGAAAAUUUAACUGGUCAUGUAACAAAAAUUUCAACAUUAACAAGAAUUUUUAAUAUAUUUGUUGCUGGAAUGAUUAUGUAUUUUAUUGCAUCAAUUAUUAAUUCAUUAGCACAACGCUAUUAUAAACGGACACGUACUGCAUUAAAAACUAUGUAA